AAGUAUCAAUGCGUCUCUCUAUAUAUACAUUGGUCUGCUUCAUCUUCCAAAGACAUUGAAUACCUUGUCGGAAUCUCUCUCUUUCUCUCUCUCCAGAUAUUUCUUUCUUGCAUCCAAAGCAAAUCUUCAUCAUCUUCAUCAAAUUCUCUUGAAUCUCCCAGAUAACAGCAAACCAGGAGAAAAUUAAAAGGUUAAUUAAUAUUAUCUGAUACUAUGAGUUGCAAUGGUUGUCGUGUUCUCCGGAAAGGUUGCAGCGAGACUUGCAUCCUCCGUCCCUGUAUCCAGUGGAUCGAAUCAGCGGAAGCUCAAGGCCACGCCACCGUCUUUGUAGCCAAAUUCUUCGGCCGUGCUGGUCUCAUGUCAUUCAUCUCCUCCGUACCGGAAUCUCAGUGCCCUGCUUUGUUUCAGUCCUUGCUCUACGAAGCUUGCGGAAGAACUGUGAAUCCGGUGAACGGCGCCGUCGGGUUGUUGUGGACUGGGAAUUGGAAUGUCUGUCAAGCGGCGGUUGAGACGGUGCUCCGCGGCGGUUCUUUGAGACCUAUCCCUGAGCUACUCACACGUGACGGCGGAUUCCCGUUGGCAACUUCCGACGAAGUAUCCGAGAUCUGCAUGGAGAUGAUGAAUGAUUCCGGUGAUCGGAAUGUCUACCACCACUCAAGAUUCUCGAGCUCUAGGUCCAGAGCGACGGCUUCUCCGCCCAAACGGAGACGAUUAGCGUCAGAACAACAACAACAACGACCGUCGUCGGAGCUAGAUUUCUCUAUGGUCCCUGCUUUUCCGAUUAAAACGACACCGUUUAAGGAGGAAACGCGACGACCAGAAACACCGUACUCGGAGGAAUCCGUUACAACGGCGCCGUUUCUGGAUCACAUCGCCAGUGAACGGUUUGUACGCGGCGGAGGAGAAACGACAAAGUUGCUCAACCUUUUCGCUUGAACGGCCUUGUUUUUUUUAUUUUGGGUUAAAAUUGUAAUUUUGAUAAACUUCUUUUUGCCUCUUCGUGGAUUAAUAUUUUGGAAAGUUAAUACACUGGCAAAUUACAUGAUUUCUUUUUACCA